CACAAACUAGCCGUCGAGAUCAGUCAACCACACAGUUUGCGGACCAAAUUCUUCCAGCAACUACCAACCUUCCCCCAAAAAGCCCACACCACCCUCAAACUCAACCCAAUCAACCCCUCUUUUAUACAAUUCAAACACAAACACAGACCCCCAUCUUCUCUCUGCUUCAUUGCGGUUCUUCUGUCGUGCGAUACAAAAGAGAAGCUAAGUGGGAGUUUCUUCCGUGUCGAAGCAUUGCUUAGAAUUUCUUGGGCGGUUUAGUUGGAUUUAAGUUAUCUUUGCUUUUCCAUUUCAUUUUGCUACUGGGUUUCUCGAUUCCUCUGCGAUUCGUUCAUUAAAAGCCUUGGAAUUCUUCUAGUGGGAUUAAAAUCGAUUGAUAUGUCUUUUACUUCAUCGUUAGUUGUUUCUCCCAACGUUGAACUUUCCCCAUCCAACUUUGGGUUUCUUGAUUCUCUUCGAGAUGGACCCCAAAUUCCCGAUUCUUUUAGAUUCUUUUCGCGAAAUCGAGUGCCAAAUCUGAUUAACAAGAGACAGAAGUGGGGGAAUCCCUCUCAUUCUACAGAACUGAAAUACCCAAUUCUCUGUGAAAGUGGAUAUGGGUCUGUUAUUGCAGCAAGUAUGGUGGCGAAUCCCGCCGGAGAAAUGGCCGUCUCAGCUGAGCAGAAGGUGUAUAACGUAGUUAUGAAACAGGCGGCUCUGGUGAAACGACAACUUAGAACCGCCGGAGAAUUGGAUGUGAAGCCGGAUAUUGUUCUUCCGGGGACUUUGAGCUUGUUGAAUGAGGCUUAUGAUCGUUGUGGUGAAGUUUGUGCAGAGUAUGCCAAGACAUUUUAUCUGGGAACUAUGUUGAUGACACCGGAGAGGCAAAAGGCUAUUUGGGCAAUUUAUGUAUGGUGUAGGCGGACAGAUGAACUUGUUGAUGGGCCAAAUGCUUCACACAUAACACCUACUGCAUUGGACAGAUGGGAGGCAAGGUUGGAAGAGCUUUUCCAAGGGAGGCCAUUCGAUAUGCUCGAUGCAGCUUUGGCGGAUACCGUUACUAAGUUCCCUGUCGAUAUUCAGCCAUUCAAAGAUAUGAUCGAAGGGAUGCGGAUGGAUCUAAGGAAGUCGAGAUACAAGAAUUUCGACGAACUUUAUCUCUACUGUUAUUAUGUUGCUGGUACAGUUGGGUUGAUGAGUGUUCCUGUCAUGGGCAUUGCACCUGAGUCCGAAGCAAGCACAGAGAGUGUGUACAAUGCUGCCUUAGCAUUAGGCAUUGCUAAUCAGCUCACAAACAUUCUCAGAGAUGUUGGAGAAGAUGCUAGAAGAGGAAGAAUAUAUCUACCACAAGAUGAGCUAGCACAGGCAGGACUUUCAGAUGAGGACAUAUUUGCUGGAAGAGUAACUGAUAAAUGGAGAAACUUCAUGAAGAGUCAGAUUAAGAGAGCUAGAAUGUUCUUCGAUGAGGCCGAGAAAGGAGUUUUGGAGCUUAAUAAAGCUAGCAGAUGGCCGGUGUGGGCUUCUUUGCUAUUAUAUAGGCAAAUAUUGGAUGAGAUUGAAGCAAAUGACUACAACAACUUCACAAAGAGGGCUUAUGUGAGGAAAGGCAAGAAAAUAUUGGCUUUGCCAAUGGCUUAUGCAAGGGCCCUCCUUGGCCCUUCAUGAAUUUACACCUCUAUACACUCAACGAACACAAUCAAAAUUCAACCAAAAAAAAAAAAAAAGAGAGAAAAAAAAAAU